UACUGAUCGAGCCAAGCGCUGAACGAGCUUAGAUACAACGUAAACAAGCAGAAGCAGUCGCACAUCCUCGAAAAACUUCCCAUAUUUCAUGGUGUUGCUGUUGGAAAAAAUAUAGUCUGACGAGAAACAAACUUCCAAAGACCAGAGAAGCAGAAGAAGGGAGACGAGAUGUCGGAGCUUACAUCUCUUGAUUCGGUGUACCUCAGCACCGUGCUAGCUGACACAGUAGAUCAGCUAGCGGUGCUGGGGAAGAUCAUGCCCUCAACUUUCGAAGGAAGGCAGGAUGCAAAUGAGAUGGUUGGAGAUGAGAUUAGCCAGAUCCUGGACAGCCAAAAGAACCUGGAGUCGAAGUAUGAGAAUCUGAUGCAGCAGAGGACCGACCUUAGGGCAGGGCCAAAGCGAGAUGCACGUCGUCUGCAGGACAACAACCAGGAGAUCGGGUCCGUCGUGGGCAACCUCCGGACUGCCAAUCAAACCUUUGCCAAGAGUCUGAAGCAGAGUCCGUUGACCUCUGAUAAUCUUUAUAAGAUGCAGGAUGACAGACAAUUCCUUCAAGAUGUCCUAAGUGCAACGUUGGAUGAGAUGAAUCGAGAGAAGAUGUUUACUGCCCUCAUCCAGUCUGUUACCAUGGAGAAAAAUAAAAAAGCGGAGCUUCAGAACACCAUUCUCAAGGAAGAAGAAGGUCGUAAGAAAAUCCGAUCACUGCAGAAACAGAUUUCCACGGUGCGAGUAGAAAGAGAGGAGGAGACACAGCAGCGGAAUCAGAUGAUUGCCCAUUUGAAAGAUCAGCUGCAGGAGAUGAAGGCUAAGACCAGCAUGGAGGGCAAGUAUGUGCAGAAAGAUGCAGAGGUUGCCGUGGGACAGAUGCAGAAGAGAUGCUUUCUCACAGAGAAGGAGAUGAGGGAUGAAAUAGAGCUUUUGAAACAAAAAGUAGAUGAGGAGCAGAGAGUUAACACAGAAAUAGAGACGUAUCUCAAGAGGCAUCAAACUGAAAUGGAGGAGAAGGUUGAGUACUGGAUGGAGAAGUAUGACAAAGAUGUGGAAGCUAAGACGCAUGAGCUAGAGGUCCUCAAGGCUUCAAAGUCAAAUGAUCUAGCGAGGCUCCAAGAACUCACCAAAUUGUAUGUAGAGUAUGAACAGGUAUGCGUGGAGGACAGGAUAGAGAAAGAGAAAGCAAGACGUAAAGCUGAACAGCAAGAAGAGGAGCUCAAAUCAUGUGUCUCGCUCCAGUCUUGGUGGCGAGGAGUCAUGGUCCGGAAGCAGCUUGGUCCAUACAGCAAGAAAAAGAAGAAGGGAAAGAAAGGAAAGAAGGGGUCCGGAAAGAAGAAGGGAAAGAAGAAGAAGUAGAUGGCUCAUUCUAUCCAAACCAUAUUUUAUCAAUUCUCAUUUCAAUUUGAUGUCCUAAUUCACCAACACUCCCUGCACAAGUUUAACUGUAAAUUGAAAUGUAUAGAUACAAGAUUUUUGUAAUGCAGAACAUGUGUAGCUGACCAUAUGGGGGUGAUUGUUGCACCGAUAAUUGUACAUUUCAAAUAGUUCAAAUUCGGGUACCAAAAGUCGACCACUGCCUGGUAAUAAGAUAUACAUGUACACCUUUCCAAAAGUAAGAAGGUAAUGCUAUCAAUAUUUGCUUAUCAUAUCAUUAUAUUCAUUCACAAGUAAUCUUGUGAUUACUAACGGUUUCAUGGGGAUGAUGGUGACCGAAAUCUUAUCGAAGAAAAACUAGCGGCAAUGGAUAAUAAUGGAGCUUGAAUGCCAACUAUAUAUUGUGAUAUAUAUAUUUAUAAAUUUGGUGAAGAAUACUUGGAUCAGUCUUGUACAGUCUGAAUUAUUCCAAAUACUGUUAAGACAAUUCUGAUUAUUGUUUUGAUAUCUGCUCCACCCCCCCCCCCCCCCACCCCCCCUCAAGGGUGAUUUCAUACUGACAUGUUAUUUCUCAAGUCAUUCUUUAGUAGAUAGGUGGGGGGGGGGAAGAAAAUGGAAUACAGUUAGCCCUCAGCAACAUUUUCAAAUAUUUUGAAAGUAAAGGAUACUUCAGGAACAUUAUAAAUUGUGGUUAUUUCUUGUAUGGUAAAUUUUAUUAUAUCAAUAAUAAGGGAAAUAUGAUUUGAAAUGGAAUAUAUAUAAUAUCCUGAUAUCUAAAUUUCUCCGUCCAUUUCUCUAUGUGUAAAUAAAAGUAUCUCUGUAUGAAA